AUGAUGGCGGACAAUACAAACGAGCCGGUGCCUGACAAUGGCCCCGUCAUGGCGGCUGACGAUUUCAGCGAUGAUGCUUCAUCUGAUAGGGCAACUAGCAUCGCGUCUUCCAGUACAAGUCUGUCCAGCUCAAUCCUCCAGCAUCGUAUCGAGAAUGGGAGGACGUACCACAAGUACAAGGAAGGCAAAUACAACUAUCCGAAUGAUGAGAAGGAGAGUGAUAGGCUGGAUCUUCAGCACAACCUGUAUCUACUCACGCUCGACUACAAGUUGGGUCUUGCUCCCCCGAAUGAGAACAACAAAGCCCAGCGUGUGCUUGACAUUGGAACUGGAACCGGGUUGUGGGCCAUUGACUUCGGGGAUGAACACCCCGAGGCCGAGGUGCUCGGAAUAGAUCUCACACCAGUCCCCACGGCAUUCGUCCCUCCCAAUGUCAAGUUCGAGGUCGAUGAUGCUGAAGAGCCCUGGACCUUCAGUCAGCCAUUUGAUUACAUCCACAUUCGUGGUAUGACCUCAAGCAUCGGUGAUUGGAAAAAGUUUUUCCAAAAGACAUUCAACAACCUUACGCCAGGUGGCUACGUCGAGCUUUUUGAAGGUCACAUGCGUCCAGAUUGUGACGAUGGGACGUUGACAUCUGACCACGCUUUCAUCAAGUGGGUAGACAAGAUCGAGGAGGCCUGCAACAUCUUCGGUCGGCCGUUCAUCAAUAUCCCCAGCCUGAUCCCUAUACUCAAGGAAGUCGGGUUCGUGGAUAUCGAAAUGGUCAAUUACAAGUGGCCCCUCAACAACUGGCCAAAGGAUCCCCACUACAAGGAGCUUGGCGAGUGGAAUCUCGAGAAUUUCCUUGAGGGUAUCGAGGGAUGGAGUAUGGCUCCUUUGACCAGGGCCCUCGAAUGGACAAAGGAGGAAGUCAACGUUUUCCUCAUUCAAGUUAGGAAUGACUUGAAGGAUAGAAGAAUUCACGCCUACACACCCCUCUACCUGAUCCACGCGAGAAGACCUCCUGCGACCGAGGCUUGA